UGUUCUUAGCUGUACUGUGACAUUAUAGUGUAAUAAAUUAUAAAUAAAAAUAAACAAAAAAUAAUACAUGUUACUCGAGAAGAUUAAAAAUGAACUAAAAUGAAUUUUGAAACAAGUAAUUUAGAUGUGAACAAUGUUUUAAACAAUUCUCCUGAUUCACCAGAAUUACCAACUUAUGAUAUAAAGAACAGCAAUACUCAUGAUGUACAAAAUGAUGGUCAUAAGGAGAUUAAAUCCAACUUGAUAUCUAAUGAAAAUAGUGAAAAACAAAGUGCAGUAUGGACAAUAAGAUCUACCACUACCCUCUUAAAAUUGUAUGAAAACAAAUUAGAAAUGCUGGAAACACCGAAAAAGAAAACUAGAAUAUGGCUUGCAAUAUCGGAAAGUCUGAAGAAAUGUGACAUUGAGAUGACACCUGAUCAAGUAAGAUGGAAAAUAAAUGCUUUAGCAAAAAAAUAUAAGCAAUGCAUAGAUAAUGGACAGCAUAAAAAAUUCAGAUAUUUCAAGGAAAUGGACAGUAUUUAUUCUCGUUUUAAUGUUGAUUGUGAUGCAUUCAUAAUAUCAGAAAUAUUAAAGAAUAAAAGAAAUAGUAUUAGUCACUCUAUGCCGAAUGAACAAGAAGAAAGCAAAGCAAUGAUUGAGUUAAGGAAAAUGAGAUUAGCCAGUAGAAUAGAGUCUGAUCGAACACAAACAAAAUUAAAUAUAGAGAAGCAAUGGUUACAAUAUUUAAGGCAGCAAGAACAACAUAGAGUUAAUAAAGAAGAUUUAUUUGAGAGGCAUUUGAAGUUAAAAGAAGAAGAGUUGGAAUUGAGAAGGAGAGAGUUGGAACUAAAAGAAGCACUAGAAUGCAAGAAGAUGGAAUUAGUUGAAAAGGAUCUUAAUGAAAUUCUACAGGUUCAAAGAGAGAAAUGUCGAUUGCUGGUGCAAUUAUUUUCAUAAAAUUUACUGAAAAA